UUUGUUUUGUGAUAAUUAGAGGAGUCGAACCUAAAAUUUAUUGAGGGUUUGAGUCCAUUUCUCGAAAUUGUUUUUUAUAUUUUUUUGAGUUUCUGUAUCAAAAAGUCGAAUAUUAUCACCAAAUAAAUUCUCCUUUAUCAAUGAAUUUCAUUUAUUUUCUUCCUUUCUGCUGAAGAAAGGUUUGCAAAUCUAGACCUAGAAGAGCUGAAGAUGGCCACUAAGGUGAAAGGCCUUCUUAAAGGCCUUCGUUACAUUUCUCAGAUAUUUGAUGAGGAGAAAGAAAAAGAAAUAAAGAUUGGUUUUCCCACAGAUGUAAAACAUGUUGCUCAUAUAGGAUGGGAUGGACCAUCAACAGAUAAUCCAAGCUGGAUGAAAGAAUUCAAUGGACCAGGACAAUUUCAGUCAGCACCUUUGCUUCCUCCUGCAGCAAAUAAUCCUGAAAUUCAAUGGGCUUCCCAAGAUUCAAACCGAAGAUCCAGAAAUGCAGAUUCAUCUUCCGCCGGAGAUCAGCAACCUGAACAACCAAAAUCCAGACGUCAUUCUUCUUCUAAAGAUAACGGCGCCACUGAUUCUCCUAAAAAAUCCCGUGGUUCCCGCCGGCAUCACCGGAAGGACUCUGACGGUUCCAAACAUGGCCGAAUCCAUCUAGAUUCUUCCGCCGGCACAGAAUCUCCGGCGAGAGACUUGCCGGAUAUUCCUAAAAAAUCACGGCAGAAGAAGUCUAAGGAAUCCGUCCCCGGCGGUGCCGUCGCCGGAUCACGAUCGGCGAAAUCUAAAGGGACAUCUUCUAGUACAGCUGCAGCAACAGGAGGAGGAUCUGAAAGUGCAAUUAUACAGAGUUCAAGUAUCAUUUCAUAACCAAAUUUAAAAAAAAAAAAAAAAAAAAAAAAACAAGAAAAAAAAUUAACAAUAAAAAUGUAUUUUCAGAUGCAUUUUAUCUUUUUUUUUUUUUUGGAUAGUUUAGUAACAGCCAAAAAGUAAUGGUUGGAAACUUUAAAAAGUUUUAUAUUAUGUUAGUAGAAAUCUUAUGUAAGAUUUGACCUCUACAUACUUUGUUUAUUAUAUAGAUCUUUUUUUCUAGUGCAAA